CUUCGGCGUUGACUUAGGUCAAAGAAAAUACCGCCUACACGAUUCACUCUCAAUCGACCCUCAAUUUCUUUACCUCUUCUGCAUCCACUCACCUCUGGUGCUUCCUCCACGCCGUCGACCGCUGACCUCCGGCGUUCCAUCACACCUUCCUCAUCUGAUUCUGAGUUAAAAUCUCUGCUUCUAAGAAAGCAAGAAAGAAGGAGAAAACAUGUUGGACAUAAAUCUAUUUAGGGAGGAAAAGGGCAACAACCCAGAAAUUAUACGUGAGUCUCAACGCCGCAGGUUUGCAAAUGUAGAGAUUGUUGAUGAAAUUAUUCAUCUUGACAAGGAGUGGCGACAACGUCAGUUUGAGCUUGAACAGCUGCGCAAAGACUUUAACAGGAUUAACAAAGAAGUGGCUAAACUUAGAAUUGCUGGGGAAGAUGCCAGUUCCAUGAUAAAAAAUACAGAGGAAAACAAGGACUCAACUGCAAAAAAAGAUGCAGAGGUUCAGGAAGCCCGUGCAGCAUUAUAUUCAAAAUUGGAGGUGGUUGGGAAUCUUGUGCAUGAUUCUGUUCCUGUUAGCAAUGAUGAGGCAAAUAAUGCUGUUGUCCGCACUUGGGGGGAGAAAAGAACGGAGCCAAAACUAAAAAAUCAUGUUGAGCUUGUGGAACUUCUUGGAAUUGCAGAUCUGAAAAGAGGUGCUAAUGUAGCUGGUGGUAGAGGAUUUUAUUUGAAAGGAGAUGGUGUGCGUCUAAAUCAAGCUCUUAUAAACUUUGGUCUUGAUUUUCUGGAGAAAAGGGGCUUCACAUCAUUGCAAACUCCAUUCUUUAUGAGGAAAGAUAUAAUGGGAAAGUGUGCUCAAUUAGCCCAAUUCGAUGAAGAACUUUACAAGGUAACAGGUGAGGGAGAUGACAAGUAUCUGAUUGCUACUGCUGAACAACCACUUUGUGCUUAUCACAUAGAUGACUGGAUUCAUCCAACACAGCUACCACUAAGAUAUGCUGGAUAUUCAUCUUGCUUCCGGAAAGAAGCUGGAUCACAUGGUCGUGACACUCUUGGAAUCUUCCGUGUUCAUCAGUUUGAGAAAGUUGAACAGUUUUGUAUCACCAGUCCAAAUGGCAAUGACUCAUGGGACAUGCAUGAGGAGAUGAUAAAAAACUCUGAGGAGUUUUACCAAAUGUUGAAAUUGCCGUAUCAUAUAGUCUCUAUAGUCUCUGGUGCAUUAAACGAUGCUGCAGCAAAGAAGUAUGACUUGGAAGCAUGGUUUCCUGCAUCCAGCACUUACAGAGAACUUGUGUCUUGUUCAAAUUGCACUGAUUACCAGUCGAGAAAGUUGGAGAUCAGAUUUGGGCAGAAAAAGAGCAAUGAACAAACAAAACAAUACUGCCAUUUAUUGAAUUCCACACUCACAGCAACAGAGAGGACUAUGUGUUGCAUUCUUGAGAAUUACCAGAGGGAAGAUGGUGUUGAAGUCCCUCAAGUGCUACAGCCAUUCAUGGGUGGGAAGACGUUCAUCCCUUUCCAAGCUCCUCCUGCUGCUAAAGAAACCAAAGGGAAAAAAUCAAAACCAUAGUUGCUGCUUCAACAAAUACUUAAGUUAUCAACAGCUUAAUCAAUUUUAACAGUGAAGACUUUGUUUUCUUUAUUUAUAGUUUCUUAUUGUCUAUUAUAAUUGAUUUUUUUCAUCUUGAUUAACCUCAUUUAUUUUUCAAUCAUUAUGGUACAAUCAGGUGUUAAUGUUCACCUUAUACAAAAGACAGUUAAACAA